UUCAUACCAAAAUAUCAAAAAAUAUAUAUAUACCAAAAAAAAUCAUGAAGAAAACAUAUGAUGGCCAUGUGGUGGUGUUGCCCUACCCAAGCCAAGGUCAUAUCAACCCACUCCUCCAAUUUGCUAAAAGACUUGCCUCAAAAGGCCUUAAAGCCACCAUUGCCACCACCCACUACACCCUCUCCUCCAUCACCUCCCCACUUGUCACGGUGGAACCGAUCUCUGACGGGUUCAAUGUUGGCGGUUUCGCUCAAGUUCGGUCCGAGGAACUCUUCCUAGAGUCAUUCAAAACCAAUGGCUCACGUACACUCACCCAACUCAUCAAGAAACACCAAACAACCAAGAAUCCCAUCACUUUUGUUGUGUAUGAUUCUUUUUUGCCUUGGGCUCUUGAUGUGGCUAAGGAAAAUGGGAUUCUUGGAGGACCCUUUUUCACCAACUCAGCCGCGGUUACCGCGGUUUUCAGCCUAAUACAUGGUGGGACAUAUAGGUUGCCUCUAAGAUUGGAGGAUUGUCCGGUGGUGAUUCUGGGUGUUCCGCCAUUGAAUUUAGAAGAUUUGCCGAGCUUUUUGAACGUACCGGAGAGCCAUCCGGCUUAUUUGAAGAUGAAACUUAACCAGUUUUCGAAUUUGGAUAAAGCUGAUUGGAUUUUCAGCAACUCUUUCCAGUCACUGGAAUCCGAGGUGGUGGAAGGCAUACGGGAGCAAUGGCCAGCAAAACUUAUAGGUCCGAUGGUACCAUCAGCGUAUUUAGAUGGCAGUAUUGAAGGUGACAAAGGUUAUGGUGCAAGUCUAUGGAAACCACUUGACGAUGGCUGCACCAAAUGGCUAGAAACCAAGCCUCCAAACUCGGUUGUUUAUGUAUCUUUUGGAAGCAUGGUGUCACUAACCGAACAAGAAAUGGAAGAGAUUGCAUGGGGCUUACAAGAGAGUGGGUUUUGCUUUCUUUGGGUGGUUAAAGAUUCUGAGAGACACAAAUUGCCAAAAGGGUUUCUUGAUCUAACCACGCAAAAUCAAGAAAAGGGUAUGAUAGUGAGUUGGUGCAACCAACUUGAAAUGUUGGAUCGUGAUUCAGUUGGUUGUUUUCUGACUCAUUGUGGAUGGAACUCGACGCUAGAAGGGUUGAGCCUUGGGGUUCCAAUGGUCGGGGUUCCAAAGUGGGCUGACCAGUUAACCGAUGCCAAGUUUAUAAUGGAUGUGUGGCGUGUAGGUGUUAGGGUUAAGGUGGAUAGUGUGACUGGGAUGGUGAAAAGAAAAGAAGUUGUUUUGUGUUUGAAUGAGGUGAUGGAUGGAGGAGAGAGGAGUAUGGAGAUCAAGAAGAAUGUUGGAAAAUGGAAGGAGUUAGCUAAAGAGGCCAUAAGUGAAGGUGGGAGCUCUGAUAAGGCCAUUGAUGAGUUUGUAAUGUCAUUGAAGGACACAUGCAACACACAAGACAUGUGUUUGUGUUGAUUCUUGUGUGUAGAGCUGGCUCUUGAUGUUGAUAUGGACCAGAAUAUAAAUUAUGUGAAUGCAGUUAAUAAAUGAUGUUGGUAUAUCAAAGACUCUUUGAAGUAAUGAAUUGGAAAAAUAAUUAUACAUA